AUGGAUUUUGUCACCUCCCUGCGCGGUGUAAGCGUCAAAAUAACACCAGCCGCACGUCGCGGUGAAAAAGUGAUACUCAAGUGUCUCUAUGACUUGGAAGGUGACAGUCUCUAUUCAGUGAAAUGGUACAAAGGACUACGGGAAUACUACAGUUUCACGUCGAAAGAAACACCAGCCAUUAAAGUAUAUCAAAUCACGGUUGUGAGGGGGGAGAGUUCUGCAUUGAAUGAAAGCCAAUUGGUUCUGGACUCAGUUACGGUCUCCACCACUAGUAAAUACAGUUGUGAAGUGUUAGCCGAUGCGCCAUCAUUUCACACAGAAAUCUCAGCUGUUGAUUUAGAAGUCGUUGAAGUACCAGGAAAAGAUCAUAUUAUAACCGGCAUAAAAUCACGAUACCGUCUUGGAGGGGGUAAUUGAACAUCGCGACAUUCCAAACCAGCAGCAAAUCUCACAUGGACGAUAAAUGGACGAGAGAUCAAUCUCUCACACAUACGACACCGCAAGCCAAUGCGAAAGCCGCGAGAGUUGGAAAUGGCUGUUUCAGGAAUACACUUUGUAGUGACGCCGAAACAUUUCAGUGGUGGGAAGUUAAAGAUACGCGGCACUGCUCACAUACACGAUGUGUAUUGGAAAUCAAUAGAAGAGGAACGUCAUAAUCAUAAUAUAAAUUCUGUCAAUACUUUCUCAGAUGAUAAUUUUAAUAUGAAAAAUACUGAUACUGAUACUUAUAUGACACACAUAAAGGAAUAA